ACUAGACUAGCGAUUACUUUGUAAACAGUUCAWUGACGUUUGUAUCAUUUUUCUUGAAAUAUUGAGAUCCUUUUGAAAAGAUCUGUCCCUGAAAGAUAAUUCAAGUGUAUAGAGCUUUUAAAGAAACUGAAUUUUUACUAGUACGUACCAAAAAUGGACCUCAGUCAACUUGACAAUAUCUUUCUUGGAAUUCUCCAAAACUGUGGCCAAAUUGAGCCCUUUCUCGAUGUUGUCUUUUCCUUUUUGGCUAGACGAACAGACUUUUAUGUUAUUAUGAACAGCAAACAAGAUAAAAUGGGUUUUCCUGAUGGUAUUGCAGAGCAAAUGGUACUGAAGAUUUUCAGAAAGUAUCAGAGAGUUGUUUUGGGUAGUAUGAACAAAGAAAAGGAGACUAAAUCAACUAGGAAAAUGGCCAACAAGGAAAAAGAGAUUACUGAAACAUGCAAGCCACAUCCCAACAGCAUUUCACAAAGUAGUGCAGAGGUCACUUCAUCAGAAGAAAUGAAUAACACUCCAACAACAGUACCUGAUGUUGUUGCCUCAACUGUUGAGGUCUCAUCAACUGAUACAAGUCAAAAUACAACAGAGCAAACCAUAGAUGAUUUCAAGCACUCUACAAAUGAUUUACCAGAUCAAAAAACCUCAGAUGAGCCAACAGCUGCAAGUACAUCUACACAAAGUUCGAAUGAAGAGUCUAAAUUUCUUGAACCUGGAAAGUUACCAGACUGCUACAAUGGUGCUGUAUUGGACAAGUAUACAUGGUCACAGACAAUCAAAGAUAUUGACCUAAAGAUACCUGUACCAAAAUGCAUCCUAAGAGCAAGAGACGUAGCAGUUGAAAUAAAGAUGUCUUCUUUAAAGGUGUCAUUAAAAGGAAACAUACCUGUAGAAGAGCUCAAAACUGGUAGUAAUGUACUUGUGGAUGGGAAACUUCAGCGAUGUGUGAAGUGUGAGGAAUCCAUGUGGUCAUUAGAACCUGGGAAAACUAUUCAAAUAAACCUUGAAAAGGCAGAGGAAAGGUUCUGGACAGCUAUAUGUGAAGGGGACCCUGAGAUUGACAAAACAAAGGUUGACAGCACAAGAGCAAUUGAUGAUUUUGAUGAGCAAACUCAAACAGACUUUCAGCAAGUUAUGUACGAUCACCAACAAAAGAUGAUGGGAAAACCAACUAGUAAAGAACAGAAAACUCAUGAUUUGCUGAAACAGGCUUGGGAUGCAAAGGGUUCUCCAUUUGCAGGAACACCAUUUGAUCCAUCAAAAGUUAACAUUUCUGGCUAGUAGUUCUUAUUAGACAAUAAGGAAAAUAAAACUAAAUAUAAAAAAUGCAGAUAUAAUAAUGAUUUGAUUUAAAACUGCUUCACUUCAUGAGAUACUGACUUAUAAAUAAGUUGUAAUAAAUGUUCUCUUUUGUCAUGUGAA